AUGGAAAAAGCUUUUCUAACAAUAGGCCUUGUUUUGCUACUAAGCACUCUUUACAAUUUGAAUAAUUCUCCUUCUGUAGAUUUGAAACAGAAGUAUAAUGAAUAUAAAUUGAUCUUCAAUAAAUAAUAUACUGCUGCAGAAGAUUAAUAUAGAUUUUAAGUUUAUAUGUAGACCUUAGAAUAAAUUGCUCUUUAGAAUGCUAAAUUGGGUAGAUAAGUAUAUGGUGAAACAUAAUUUGCUGAUAUAACUGAUGAAGAAUUCAGAGAACAAUAUUUGACAUUAAAAUAUUCCCCAGAAGAUUAUGCAAAUGAACCAAGAGAAUCAUUCUCACAUAUAACAGCUGAUCCUAAAGAAAUUGAUUGGAGAUAAUCUGGAGCAGUUACACCAGUCAAGAAUUAACUUAAAUGUGGAUCAUGUUGGACAUUUAGUACAACAGGUGUUUUAGAAGGAUUUUUCAAAGUUACUACAGGUGAAUUACCAUCANGA